CAUCAGAGUGCGCGGUGGUCGGAGGGAGGAGGUGGCCGAUGCCUCUUGGAAACAACAGUCCGCCGUCGUCUACUCAGCGACCCGUUUCUCCCUCUCAUACUGCUGAAGAGCAGCUGUUGGGAUGCCAAAGAAGUUCCAGGGCGAGAACUCCAAGGCGGCCACAGCCAAAGCCCGCAAAGCCGAGGCCAAGGCAGAGGCAGACGCCCGCAAGAAGAAGCAGGAAGAGGAUGCUCUGUGGCAGGAAACUGACAAACAUGUACUCAAAAAGGAGCAGAGAAAGGAUGACAAGGAGAAGAAGAGGCUCGAGCUUCUGGAGAGGAAAAAGGAAAAUCAGCGACUUCUGGAUGAAGAGAGUGCUAGGACAAAAGGCAGAGCCCAGAAGGAGGCUGCAUCUGGAGGAAAAGUGACCCGUGCCCAGAUCGAGGACGUGCUUCAGAACGAGAAGAUGCAGCAGGAGCAGCAGGAGCAGCUGGAGCUCAAACCGAAAGAAAAGAGCCACCUGGAGACUCCACUGGAAGAGAACGUGAACAGAAUUAUCCCUGAAGAAGGAACCAUCGAAGCUAGAACAAUAGAAGAUGCCAUCGCUGUGCUCAGCACGGGACCUGAGGACGUGGACCACCACCCGGAGCGGAGGAUGAAAGCAGCGUUUGCCGCCUAUGAAGAGGUCAACAUGCCCCGCCUAAAAAAGGAGAACCCCAACAUGAGGUUGUCGCAGCUGAAGCAACAGCUGAAGAAGGAGUGGAUGAAGGCGCCAGAAAACCCCCUGAACCAACGCUUUGCCACCUACAACACAAAGUGAAUGCACUGUUUCUCUCCCCCCAUAACUCCAUUUGAAAACUGUCUGCCUAUGCACAUUGGAGACUUCCAUUGAGAAAUUGAAUAAUCUCAUCUAAAAAACGAGUGUUGCUGAGGAGAACUUCACCACUACCCGCCCAGAAACCAGAGGUACCGGAGGACUCCGCUUUGUCACAACUGAUCAUCAUAAAUUUAAUUAUAUCAUUUUUUUUCCCAAGCACUUCUGGGGAGGUGGGAAGCCAGAUGUUUUGAGAGUAACUUAUUAAAGUUCGCCACUCGAUCAUCAA